GAGGAGAGAGGGGGCAGGGGCGCCGCGGGAGCCAGCGUCCCGCGUGCCAGGGGCCGAGCGGGGCCAGCCGGAGCCCCGGCGGGGCGGCGGGGGAGAGGACCCUUGCAGGCUCCGGCCCGGCUGUCGGCAGAGGCUCCGCACCAUUUCCCGACCCCCCGGGACUGUCCACUGCUGCUGCUGGAGGCCCGAGGGAAUGCGCUCCAGGUGGACACUGGUGCUCCCAAGCCAAGCCGGGAAGAUUGGCGCGCCCAGUCCCAGCCCUUCCUGGGGCCGUCGGAAGCUGCAAGCUGAUAUCCGUUCAGAUUUCCACAAAGCCUCCACCCCCUCGGAGACCGGCUUUCCUGCCUGUGGCGGCAGCUCCGGGAGCACCUGGCAGGAGUAUCCGUCCCUGCUGGGGACACCAGACGCGCUGCCCCACGACCAGGAGCCCUCCACGGUCAUGGCCACCUGACGCCUCACCUCAGACCAGGUUCCCUUCCCCUGCCCUGGACCCCGAAGGCCGGAGCCGGAAUGGGUCGUGAACAGGACUUGAUCCUCGCAGUCAAGAACGGAGAUGUGACUGGCGUUCAGAAACUGGUGGCCAAAGUCAAGGCCACAAAGACGAAGCUCCUCGGCUCCACGAAGAGGCUCAACGUCAACUACCAAGACGCGGACGGCUUCUCCGCCCUGCACCACGCUGCUUUGGGGGGCAGCCUGGAGCUCAUCGCUCUGCUGCUGGAGGCCCAGGCCACCGUCGACAUCAAGGACAGCAAUGGCAUGCGCCCGCUACACUAUGCAGCCUGGCAGGGCCGCCUGGAGCCCGUGCGGCUGCUGCUGCGGGCCUCGGCAGCGGUCAACGCCGCCUCGCUGGACGGGCAGAUCCCCCUGCACCUGGCUGCGCAGUAUGGACACUACGAGGUGUCGGAAAUGCUCCUCCAGCAUCAGUCCAACCCCUGCUUGGUCAACAAGGCCAAGAAGACGCCCCUGGAUCUGGCCUGCGAAUUCGGGCGGCUCAAGGUGGCCCAACUGCUACUGAACAGCCACCUGUGUGUGGCACUGCUGGAGGGCGAGGCCAAGGACCCGUGUGACCCCAACUAUACCACGCCCCUGCACCUGGCUGCCAAGAACGGCCACAGAGAGGUUAUCAGGCAACUCUUGAGAGCCGGGAUUGAGAUCAACCGCCAGACCAAGACCGGCACGGCGCUGCACGAGGCCGCCCUGUACGGCAAGACCGAGGUGGUGCGGCUGCUCCUGGAGGGAGGUGUGGACGUGAACAUCCGGAACACGUAUAACCAGACGGCACUGGACAUCGUGAACCAGUUCACCACCUCCCAGGCCAGCCGGGAGAUCAAGCAGCUACUGCGGGAGGCCUCGGGGGUCCUGAAGGUCCGGGCACUCAAGGAUUUCUGGAACCUCCACGACCCCACUGCCCUCAAUAUCCGGGCAGGGGACGUCAUCACGGUGCUGGAGCAGCAUCCUGAUGGCCGCUGGAAGGGCCACAUCCACGAGAGUCAAAGGGGCACGGACCGUGUGGGCUACUUCCCCCCGGGCAUCGUCGAGGUGGUCAGCAAGCGGGUGGGCAUCGCGGUGCCCCGCCUCCCCGCUGUGCCCACCCCGCUGCGCCCAGGCUUCCCCCGGACACCGCAGCCUGCUGACGACCCCCUGCACCCACUCACCUAUGGCCAGCUCCCUCGGGUGGGCCUCAGCCCGGACAGCCCAGCAGGUGACAGGAAUAGCGUGGGCAGUGAGGGCAGCGUGGGCAGCAUCCGCAGUGCUGGCAGUGGGCAGAGUUCUGAGGGCACCAAUGGCCAUGGCACCAGCCUCCUUAUUGAGAAUGCCCAGCCGCUGCCCUCUGCCGGAGAGGACCAGGCGCUGCCAGCACUGCACCCCCCAUCCCUGGCUGACAACGGGAGCUACCGACCUGUGGCCAGCUACCGCUCUGGGGAGCAGAUCUGCACCCAGGACGUGAGGCCGGAGCAGCUGCUGGAAGGGAAAGACGCCCAAGCCAUUCAUAACUGGCUGAGUGAGUUCCAGCUGGAGGGCUACACGGCCCACUUCCUGCAGGCCGGCUAUGACGUGCCUACCAUCAGCCGCAUGACGCCUGAGGACCUGACGGCCAUCGGGGUGACCAAGCCUGGGCACAGGAAGAAAAUCGCCUCGGAGAUUGCCCAGCUCAGCAUCGCCGAGUGGCUGCCCAACUACAUCCCGGCCGACUUGCUGGAGUGGCUGUGUGCGCUGGGGUUGCCCCAGUACCACAAGCAGCUGGUGAGCAGCGGCUACGACUCCAUGGGGCUUGUGGCCGACCUCACCUGGGAGGAGCUGCAGGAGAUUGGUGUCAACAAGCUCGGGCACCAGAAGAAGCUUAUGUUGGGGGUGAAGAGGCUGGCGGAGCUUCGGCGAGGCCUGCUACAGGGGGAGGCCCUAGGCGAAGGUGGGCGCUGGCCGGCCAAAGGUCCGGAGCUGAUGGCCAUCGAGGGGCUGGAGAACGGGGAGGGCCCAGCCGGGACUGGCCCACGCCUCCUCACCUUCCAGGGCAGCGAGCUGAGCCCAGAACUACAGGCAGCCAUGGCAGGGGGCGGCCCUGAGCCACUCCCCCUGCCCCCUGCUCGCUCCCCCAGCCAGGAGAGCAUCGGAGCCCGCUCACGGGGGUCUGGCCACUCACAGGAACACACUGCCCCCCAGCCCAGCGGAGGCGACCCCAGCACCCCCCAGGAAAGGAACCUUCCAGAGGGCACGGAGCGACCUUCUAAGCUCUGCUCCCCACUUUCUGGCCAAGGAGCCCCCCCUUAUGUUUUCAUGUACCCCCAGGGCUCGCCCUCCAGCCCGGCCCCAGGGCCACCUCCUGGUGCACCCCGGGCCUUCUCCUACUUGGCUGGCACCCCUGCCGCUCCCCCAGACCCACCUCGGCCCAAGCGCAGGUCCCAUAGCUUAAGCCGCCCUGGCCCUGCAGAGGGAGAGGCUGAAGGGGAGGCCGAAGGGCCGGUGGGCAGUGCCGUGGGCAGUUAUGCCACCCUUACCCGGCGACCAGGACGCAGCGCCCUCGCCCGCACCAGCCCUAGCCCGGCCCCAACGCGAGGGGCUCCUCGUAGCCAGUCCUUUGCUCUCCGGGCCAGGCGCAAAGGCCCCCCGCCCCCACCUCCCAAGCGCCUCAGCUCCGUCUCUGGCCCCACCCCGGAGCCAACGCCACUCGAUGGAAGCCCAGGCCCCAAGGAGGGGGCCCCAGGGCCCCGAAGACGGACACUGAGUGAACCAGCCGGUCCCCCAGAGCCUCCCUGCCUGCCUGCCCCACCUGGCCCCGCGUCGGACACAGAAGAGGAACCAGGCCCUGAGGGGACACCCCCAUCUCGGGGCAGCUCGGGAGAGGGGCUGCCAUUCGCGGAGGAGGGCAACCUGACCAUCAAACAGCGGCCGAAGCCAGCCGGCUCCCUGCCCCGGGAGACACCCGUACCCCUCGGCCUCGACUUCAACCUCACAGAGUCGGACACUGUCAAGCGGAGACCCAAGUGCCGGGAGAGGGAGCCGCUGCAGACGGCCCUGCUGGCCUUCGGGGUGGCCAGCGCCACCCCCAGUCCCUCUGACCCCCUGCCCUCCCAGGCCACCAGCGAGGCCCCCUCCCCAGCGUCCUCCGGCCCUCCCCAGGCCGAGCCUAGCAGCCUUCCGUCUCCAGGAGUUCCAGCGCCCCCUGCUCCCCACUCAGUCACUCAGCCCCCUGUGACCCUGGCACCCUCAUGCCCUGGGCCCAGUCUGGAAAACGCCACAGGCAGUCGGCGGAAUGGGGAGACCGAGCCCCCAGCUGCGCCUCCUGCUCUCCUCAAGGUGCCCGGAGCAGGAACCGCCCCCAAGCCUGUGUCGGUGGCCUGCACACAGCUGGCUUUUUCUGGCCCUAAGCUGGCUCCCCGGCUCGGCCCCCGCCCAGUACCCCCUCCCAGGCCUGAGAACACCGGGGCUGCAGGCCCAGGCCAGGCCCAGCAGAGGCUGGAGCAGACCAGCUCGUCCUUGGCAGCAGCACUGAGGGCCGCAGAGAAGAGCAUUGGCGUGGAGGAGCGUGAGGGCCCCCCGGGCACCUCCACCAAGCACAUCCUGGACGACAUCAGCACCAUGUUCGACGCCCUGGCUGACCAGCUGGACGCCAUGCUGGACUGAACACGACCGCCUGUGGCCCUCAGCGGUGCCCAACGUGACCAGCGGUGUCCCCGGCCUGUGCCCUGGCAUGGAAGAGUUCCUCCACCCUGGAGACGGAGGCGUGGGCCAGGCUGAAGCCUGUCCUUGUGGCUGUGAGCACAAGGCUGGUGGGGCAGUCCUGUGGCAGGGGCCCAGGGGACUUGUCAGCCUCCGCCAGCUGAGGGGCCCCUACUGCAGAGCCCCUCCCGUGUCGUCUGACCAGGCUUGGGGUCCUGGGGACGGGGGUGCUUUACCUGCCCCACCCCCUGUCUCGAGUCCGUGUGCCAAGGGACACCUCUGGCCGCCGGCCGUGCUGCCCUAGCACUCAGGCUUUGGCAGGAGGCAGCGUGCCUGGCUGGGCCACCCCCCACUCCCACGCAGGCGCACAUAGGACGUGCCCUCCUGGCCAGCUCCUGCCCCGCCAUCCCUCUGGGAGGCCGGCAGGAUCAGCAGAUGCCUCACACACCUUCCCAGAGUCCAGACUUUUUCAACUGUAAAUGUUAUUUUUUAAGCAGAGAGAAGUGCAUAUAUUUUAAA